AUGACUGUGAAAGAAAUCGCUACACCGGAUGCCAUCCGGGCCUUGUUUUCUUCUGCCCUUUCCAACAUGUACCAACGCGAAGUCCCUCAGUACGGCACAUUGCUAAAGCUUGUGUCUGACAUCAAUCGCCAAAAAGAUGUCAACAUUCAACAUCGCAUCGAGGUUGAACGUCAUGGCGCCAUUCGUCUCGGAACGCCUGAGGAGCUGGCCACGAUGCGCCGGUUAUUUUCUGUCAUGGGAAUGCAUCCCGUCGGCUACUACGACCUUACUGUCGCCAGCCUCCCAGUCCAUGCCACAUGCUUCCGACCUCUUACAAAAGAGGCACUCGCCUACAACCCUUUUCGAGUCUUCACAUCUUUGCUUCGCCUGGAACUUAUCCAAGAGGAGUCUCUACGACUACAGGCCGCUGAGAUCCUCAGCAAGCGCAACAUUUUCACUCCCCGAUGCAUCGAGCUCAUUGAAAUGUUUGAAACCGAAGGCGCCUUGUCCGAGGCUGCUGCUCAGGAGUUCAUCAAAGAGGCGCUCGAGACCUUCCGCUGGCACAAAACGUCCACCGUGGACAUGAAGACCUACAAAGCUCUUCGAGCCACGCAUCCGCUCAUCGCAGAUGUCGUUUGCUUCAAAGGACCUCACAUCAACCAUCUGACACCCCGUGUCCUCGACAUCGAGACUGCCCAAAUCGAGAUGAAACGAUACGGUCUCGACGCGAAAGACGCCAUCGAGGGACCUCCCCCGAGAACCUGUCCCAUCUUGCUUCGGCAGACUAGUUUCCUCGCUCUUGACGAAGCGAUUGCUUUUUCGGAGGGUGCAGAGACUGGCGGAAGUCACAAGGCGCGGUUCGGAGAGAUUGAGCAGCGAGGCGUAGCGUUGACACCUAAGGGUCGGCGUCUCUACGACGAUCUGAUCAAUGAGUGGCGGCAAAAAUCUUUUGAUGCAUCGCCUGAAACCAAGGAAGAGAUUCUGGCAAAGGUCUUUGAGAGGUUUCCUGACGACACGAAGAGCUUGAGGGAGCAAGACCUGGCAUACUUCACCUACAAGCUCACAGACUCUGCAUCAAAAGUGUCCAGCACGGAUAUGGACGCACUGAUUGACUCUGGAGCUGUCCAACUAGAGCCCAUCACCUACGAAGACUUCCUACCCGUCAGUGCGGCUGGUAUCUUUCACUCGAACCUGGGAAAUGACGGUGGUAUGGACCAUGUCGCGGCAGCGGAUCAGGCGUCUUUUGAGAAGGGGCUUGGCUGCAAAGUCAACAAGGAGUUUGAGCUGUACAGGAAAAUGCAGGAGGCGUCGAUUGGGGAAUGCCUCAAGAAUCUGUAA